AUGUUAUUUUCUGCAGAUAAUAUUCAUUUAAUUAUGAUAGACGGGAUUCAAUUUUAUACAAUUAAAAUAACUUAUUUGAUUAUCCUGUUUACUACUGAUAUGCCAAGAUUUAAAGCAACUCCCCAACAGUUUAAUCUAAACAGUAAACAGGAAUCCUCGAACGAUGAAGAUAACAUUGAUGAUAUUGAAGAUGAUUUAAGUUCCAAUGAUGUUGAUAGUCAUAGCAGCAAUAAUCAUGACGAAAGCAGUGAUGGUCAUCAUGAUGACAGUUUACAAGAAGAUAAUGAUGAUGGAAUACUUGAAUAUGACCCCAACCAUACUAUUUUGAAAAGACCUCCAGAUACUGAUAAGAAUAGUCCGAAACAGAAACACAGGAAAACUUGCCAAAAUUCAACUGAAACAGUUCCAGUCACCACAGAAUGUUUGAAUAAUUUACAAACAGCGGCUUUUCUUGCACAGGCAGCUGCUGUAGCCACUGUUGCCGCACUCUCUUCUGGACAGAUGAUACCUGUUUUUCCGUCUGAAACACCACCGAUAGCUCCUCUUGGUUUAUCUUUACCAACGAUACCUAAUGAAAAUUUCACUGAAACAACAACAGCGACCAUAAAAGCAACAGAAGAAUCAAAUGCCUCAAUGCCAAAUCGAAAUAAGGUUAAUUUGUCACCUACUGCUAAACAACAAAAUCCUAAUGUAGCAAUGUGGGGUUUAUCCUCGAAUAACAGUGAUGCCGAUAAUGAUGAAGGUGCUGGCGAAGAUGAUGAAGAAGGUAAUGCCACUGAUAACAAUUUUCAUCAAUGCAAAUCACGGGAACGUGAAAAGCAGUUUAUCAAUUGUCCAGUAUGUUGUAAAACAAUGCGACGAGGUUCAUUGCGUGAACAUAUGGAUCGUCAUGCAAAUAGUGGCAAAUUUAAAUGUGAUGCAUGUGAGAAAACAUUUAGUCGUGCCAGUGCUCGUGAAAAACAUAUACGUACACAUACUGGCGAGCGUCCUUACAAAUGUGAGCUAUGCUCGAAAGCUUAUAGGCAAAAAGUUCAUCUAAAUGAACACCUUCGCUCGCAUACUGGUGUUCGCCCUUAUUUAUGUAAAUUGUGCGGUUUUUGUUUAGCCUCUAAAUCGCUACUAAAUCGACAUUUACGUACGCAUGGAAUUAAAAAAAAUAUUGAUAAUGAUACUGAUGUUUGGAUGAAAAUUGAUGCACCCAAAGAAGAAGUUUUAAAUAUUGCCGCUGAAGUUGGUCGUGUAUUAUCACAAAGACAAAAUGAAAGUUUAGAUGACAACCAUACUACUACUAUUGAUAAUAAUAGUAGUAAUAUGCAAUCACCUAAAAUUGAACAAACUCUAAGUAAUUCAUUCAACAGUGACUGUAUCUUACAGUUAACACAAAAAGGGUCAGUGACAUUUGGUCGCAAAUAUCUAUGUAAUCUGUGUCCAGCUGGUUUUCCUACAGUACAAGCCCUAAGAAGUCAUCGUAUGACUACACAUAAUGUUGUUACACCACACAAAUGUCCACAGUGUAGUGAAUCAUUUAGUUCGCUGAAAUUAAUGGAAGGACAUUUGAGGAAACUACAUCCACAGGUUUGUCCGAUAUGUUCAAAACAAAUGCCUGAGCGUCGAAAGUGGAUGGUUGAAGCGCAUAUAAGAGAAGCACAUCCAGAAGCAGUAGCUGAACACAUAGGAUCACCUUCACAAAGUAAAAAUCAUAAAAAGAUUAAAUCGAAUGAACAUUCCGUCAGUAAUGCUACUACUCCAACUUCUCCUCCUCCUACUACUACGACUAAUUCCAAUAAUAAUACUACCCUGGAAAAACGUACUGACAAUUGUGUUUCAUUAGAACUAAGAAAAUGGAAACAUUUUAGACCAGAUAAAGUGCACUCUUCAACUGAUGAUGACGAUGACGAUGACGAUGAUGAAGACGACGAAGAAGAUGAUGAGAAUGAUAUAGAAGGAGAUGAUGAAGAAUAUGAAGAACGAGAGUCACAUUUUGAUCAAAAAUCAUUUAAAGAUUCAAAUAAUGAUUUUAAUAUUGAUGUAGUUAAUGAAAAUACUAGUGUUUGUUCUAUAGAUAAUGAAGAAAUAGAAGAGGAAAAUGGUUUAUAUUUACAAAUGAAUAAUGAUAAUGAAAAGACUGAUUUCAUAGUUGAAACUAAUGAUAUUAAUCAACUAGAAUUGGGUUCUAGAAACCUGGACAGACAGAUGAAUUCAUAUAAACAUAAUGGUCAAAUUAAUAAUACAACUAUAAAAUCAAAUAAAACUGAUAUUGGUUAUAAUACAGAAAAGAGUACACUGAAUCCUAUUUUACCGUAA